CUGCCUGCUCCUAUUCUGUGCCCUACCCACAACGAGGGCUCUUGAGUAGCGUGCGCGCGCGCCUGCUGCUCUUUGAUUGACUUGUUGCUUCCUCGCGACGCACGCGCCGCCAGCCCGCAGUUUCUUUUGUGGCGGCUACAGGCUGCAGCAGGCUCUCCCCUCCCAUAUUGGCAACUGCCCUCCGCCGAUGCCAUGAGCAGACAAGAGAUCUCGUCAUCUUACCAGGAGCUGAGUGAAGAUGUGGAACAAUUUUCUACAAACUCAGGGCCAGCAGAGGAACAAGUUGGCGAAGAAGAUCAGGAAGAUGCCAGCUCAACUAUCCUUCCAGACAACAGCAGCAUUUCGGCGCACUUCAGCAAGUCCUGCCUGAAGAACGUCUUCUCGGUAAUUCUCCUCUUCAUUUAUCUGCUACUUAUGGCGGUGGCUGUUUUCCUGGUCUACCAAACUAUUGUCGACUUCAUGGAAAAGCUCAGGCAUCCAGUGAUGUCUGUCUCGUACAAGGAGGUGCCCUAUUACGAUGCACCUGGUAUUGCCCUCUAUCCAGGCAAGGCUGAACUGCUGACCUGCAAACGACACUACUAUGAUUACAUUCCACCUCUGGUAAACCCGGGUCAGCCAGGAGAAAUCGAAUGCCCUACUCAAAGAAUCAACUACACAGAUCCUUUUACUAAUCAGACCAAGAAAUAUGCUGUAAUCGUUAAAGGACCUGAGGAUGUGAAGAAGCGAGAACUGGUGUUCAUGCAGUUCCACCUCAAUAAGACAGACCAGGAUUUCAAUGCAAUAGACUACCUUCUCUUCUCCUCUUUCAAGAACUUCCUCAACAGUCCAAACAAAUCGGAGUUCAUGAAGGCGUGCGAAAGCUCCUACUCCAGCUGGAAGUUCUCCGGCGGUUUUCGAACCUGGGUCAAAAUGUCUUUGGUGAAAACGAAAGAAGAGGAUGGCAGGGAGACAGUUGAAUUCCGACAGGAGAUCAGUGUGAUUAACUAUGUUGCACGAACAGAACCUGGAGGCAACCAACUGUUUUUUGUGGUAUUUGAAUGGAAAGAUCCUUUCAUUCAGGAAGUUCAAGACAUUGUCACUGCAAAUCCCUGGAACAUGAUUGCUCUGCUUUGUGGCAUUUUCUUAGCUUUAUUUAAAGCAGCUGACUUUGCCAAACUCAGUGUGAAAUGGAUGAUAAAAAUCCGCAAACGACAUCUCAAGAGACGAAGUCAAGCCCUUAACCACAUAAGCUGAGGAGUGAGCACUACUGAAUGUUCUGGAAUACACUGAAGAAUACAAAUGACAAGACUAAACCAAUACAGAAGCCAUUGACAUGCCCACAGAAACUGCAUUGAUACGACUUGCUUUGUCAAUGCACCAACACUUGAAAUUUCAGAAAUCUAAAUCCAUGCUCUUUUUAGAACAUGAGCAUCUUCACUAAGCUAUUGGUAAGUGGUAGGGAGGUUUUUGGAACAGUAUUUAACCUCUUGAAGCAGAGGUCAUGGCCAGUAUGGAAGGGCAAAGUAGGGGUGUGCUCAGAACUGAACCACCGGUCCAUGCAAGCCAGUUCAGUUGAACCCAGCCAGUGAUCCAGUCCAUUUGGUUGACCCAGUUCAAGGGCUAUGCUUGUAAAGGGGAAUCCAGUGAUAAUUCCCCUUUACAAGCAAAGGGGGAACCCUGCAGGGUUCCCUAAGGGUCGCAAGUUGGCGAGAGGGCACCUUAACGGCUUUGGUGGCUCCUCUAAAAUCCAUCCGCGCUCCCCCACCAGCAGUGCAGGUCAGCAGUGGGCCAGUUCUGGCCUCCAUGGAGGCCAGAAAGGUUUUAAGGGCGGGGGGGGGCGGCGGCAGUGAGAAGGACACCUUACUAGCUUUGGCAGUGGCUUUAACCCCCCCCCCCGCGCGCUCCCCCACCCCAGCAGCGCAAGCUGGAACGGGAGCACCAGCAAGGCUUGGAGGAGCUGCUGCCACCAAAUUGCCCUCCCCCCCCCCAAAAAAAACCCCCUUUAAAAUGCAGGUUUCCCCUUUGCUUGUAAAGGGGAAUCCUCAUCAAAUUUCACUUUAGAAAGGUAGCCCUUGAACUGGGUUGAAACUGCCUUUUUUGAGCCUGGUCUUGUCCAAGUUUGAACCGGGCUAGUUCAGAUCAAACCCAGUUCUAUUUGAACUGGUUCUGCACACUCCUAGUAGUGAAGUAAAAGUGGGUCUUAGAAAAACAUUCCUGCACAAGUUAAGAUGGCGUUGUCUUCGUCAUGGAGUCCAGAACUGUAAUGAACUUAGUUCAUCCUGUUACCUUCCCAAGGCAUAGGUUUGCUCCUGAAUUCAGAUCUCUGAGAAGAAACCCCUGCUCUGAGACCCUAAAGAGAUAACAGCUUUAAGACAAGCUGCCACUUGGAAUGGACAGUACACUAUUGGCCUGAUUCAGAAGGUACCAUGUUACAGAAAUAUUCUAGGGAUAGUUCUGUCAAGCAGGUAGACCGCAAGGGGUAAAAAUGCAUUACUAGGUUAGACUAGGAAAGGUCUGUACUAAUUGUACCUUGGAUUCAUGCUGAGGCAGAUGAGUUUGGUCAAAGCUGGUUUUCCAGCUGCAUUGUGUCGGUAGCAGUCUUUCCCUUCACUAUUCCUGCCAGAAGUCCAGUCUCAGCUGCAAUCCCUGUCCCUCAGGUGUUUGACCUAUAAUUGGCUCAGGAAUGCAGCAGACCUAAAAUGGCUGUGUCAUCAGAGGAGUGAAUGGUCAAAGAACCUCUCUCUGCAGAAUUGAGCACUGAAAUGCUUAUCAUCAAACAUUCUUAUUUGGCUAAAAUGCAUUAGGUUGUGUUUUGAAACUUUUUUUCCUUCAAUAAAGUUACAUCUGUCUGAACA